GCAGUCCAGUUGGGCAAUCGCUGCCUAUCGAAAAUCGCUCAUUUUCCUUUGUCAAAAUAAAAAGUAAAUAAAUACUUUUCUCAUUAAACAGAAAACAACCACAGGAACGGAACGGCUUAAAUGGACGACGAGGAGACCUCAGAAAUCAAUUCUGUGCAGGGGGAGGAUGAAACGGCCGAGCUGAGAAUACCAGUACCGAGAAUACCAUCUGUCCAGGAGCUCCUGGCUCAGGUGGGUGAACUGGAGCCAGCUGGCCUGGAUCCCCUGGCCAUCGAUGGGGGCUUGGAUGGCCAGCUGGAGGCCAUGGGGGAUGAUGUGCCGGAGGACACAGCGAGUGAGGGCAGUCAUCCGAGCAGCGACAUGUCCCUCGAGAGUCCAGGAAGUGAAGAUGACUCGGAUCUGGAGCGCCUGCCCCGCUGGAUGAUCCCCCAGAACCGCCUGCGCUCCGCCGUGGACAUGAUGGUCUCGCAGGCCCGCUACCGAGAUGGCGGAAUCGCCGCUCUGCUCAACCGGGACAACUUCCUGCAGCGCGUGCGCAGCAUGGUCUUUAGCCAGGAGCGUCAACGCAGUCGCACCAGCGAAGAGAACAGCCAGGAGCUAUCCGAGCAGCCGGACGAGUCCCCAGAGCCAGCGCCACCGCCACCACCUCGUCCCCAGAUCGACAUCGAACUGGAGCGGGGCGUGCGCUUCGACACCAAUCUGCCGGCGGAGCACUCGUACUUCGGCAACCAUCUGAGCCGCGUGCCCGGCGUCGACUACUUGGAGGUGGGCAGCACCCAUCACAUGCUCAUCUUCCUGCACCAGCACAUCCUGUUCCCCGGCGAGAUUCUGCCCUUCAUGAUCGACGGCCGCAUGUUCGACGAGGACAUGCCCGGCCUGGAUGGCCUGAUCUUCGGCGUGGGCUUUCCGCUGAUGCAGCCACCGGAGGACAACCCGCACAAGCUGUACGGGGUCACGUGUCAGAUCUACGAAAAGGGCGAAAGCGGUCGGGAGAUGAUGUUCUACAAAUCCCGAGCACUACAGCGCAUCGUCAUCAACUGCGGUGACAUCCAGGGGCCGCCACAGUACAUUGCCCGCAAUCCGACGAGCAAGUGCUUCAGCAAAGUCAAGAUAUUGCCGGAGUACUUUCUGCCCGAGCCCCUGCAAUCCGUUGAUAUGGGCUCCAUGGCCAGAUUUCGGGAUAUUCCCUCGAUGCAAGACAAGUACCGCAGGUUCCAGCUGGCCAGCACUCCUUGGCCGGCUGAUGUCUGCCAGGAGUAUUCAUUCGAUGCCAUCGUGGAGCGCGCACGCCAGAGGCUAGAAGUCCAAAAGAUAGACACCAUGCCAAAAUGCCCCAUUCAGCUAUCCUUCUGGCUGGUGCGAAACCUCCACCUAACCGAGAAGAUGAUGCGGCUGACCUUCCUCACGGACUCGGUCAACACUCGCCUCCAAUUGAUCAAGAGCACGUUCAAGGAGGAGUCGUUGUUCUUCUGCCGAUACUGCAACAGCAGUCUGGCCCACUGCGCGGAUCUAUUUGCCAUGUCCAAGCACGGGGUUCAGACGCAGUACUGCAAUCCAGAGGGCUACAUACACGAGACGAACACCGUUUACCGGGUGAUGUCCCACGCCAUCGGCUACAGCGGCGAGCCGUCCACCAAGUUCAGCUGGUUCCCCGGCUACCAGUGGCACAUCAUCCUGUGCAAGUUCUGCGCCCAGCACGUUGGCUGGGAGUUCAAGGCGGUGGAGCCCAACCUGGCGCCCAGGGUGUUCUUCGGCCUGGCCGGCUCCAGUGUGCGGAUUGGCAAGGCCAGCGAGAACACGCCGGUCAACGGCAGCACCUACGUGGUGCGCAAUAUGCUGCGGCUGAUCUCCAACGAGAUGGAAUGAGGCUGGCGCGUUGUGAAGCGAUUGCUCAGUGGCCAACUCUGCUGCUGCCGUCGCCCGGAAAACAAUGCGGUCCAUCAUAUGGGACCUGUUUAAUUCGUUUCACAACCACAUUUGGCAGAACCCACGACAGUUGUUUGGCGUGGAUGUUAACCGAAAGAUUGAUCUACAUAUGAUUGCAUAUAUGUUCUUUAGUUCAAGUAAAUUAUGCCUAAUUGAUAUUUAAGAUUUUUGAAACUAAAGUCUCUCUGUAAUAAGUUACUCUUAAA